AUGCCGACUUCGACCUCGCUGCCGCUCUAUCACCCUCAUGGCCACGGAAAACCACAGAGCCUGCGUCGGGUGGCCCUGCGCCUACUGCUCUGUCUCGCAGCCGUAGUCUACCUGCUCAGGAUCACAGUAGACGGCAAUGUAUUCACUCGUCGAAGUGGGCAUGCGCUCUUCUCACACGAUAGCUAUGGCGAGGAGAAACUCAGCUCUGGAAUUCGCAAACCGCCGCAGGCUCCUAUCGCAUUCACAGGUACUCCCGAAAGCAUACGUCGAGCUGGAGAAGAAGCGGCCUCUGAAGAGCAAAAGGUUGUGGAACGGAUAGUCAAGACUGUGAAGAUUGCCGAUGCAACUUUCGCCAAUACGCUACUUCCAUAUCUAUACCAUGAGGCAAACGUGGCUGUUACGCUUGCCUCUGCUGUGGUAUACACAUCUCUGAGAUCUGACAAGCAGGACCUCGUCAACGCAUCUCAGACAAGUUCUGCCAGCCUCGGGAAAGUCCGUCAGGCAACUUUAUCCAAUACAGCUUUCUUCAAUUUGACGCUUGCCGUCUGCGAAAAACAAGCCAAUGACACCAUACUUCCAUUAGAGACGCGAAGGAUUGUUAAAUCAUUUCCCGAAAGCUUUAGAGAAUAUGGAAUUGAGUUGGUGGGCGAUAAAUUGAAGCGAUUUCAGGCUAUCAAUUCUCGCAUUGGAGAUCUCUCGCAGAAGUUCCUUCAAGAGACUGUCGCGGAUAAUCCGAGCCUAUUCUUCACUCCAGAGGAGCUCAACGGCACGCCAGCAGAUCAGGUGAGCUCGCUGCCAAAGGGCAAAGACAAGAAUGAGGGCAAAUUGGAGGUCAAAAUGCAAGUUCAUACUGCUUCACUUGGCAUAAUCAAAUCCCACUGUACAAAUGCAACCACCCGUGAGAAAAUUGAGGCCACUCUGGUCCAUCUAGCUCCUGAAAACAUCAAGAGACUCGAAGAAGUCAUCGAGCUGCGUGCGGAGAUGGCUAACCUGCUUGGAUUUCCGGACUAUGCAACGUACAAAGUCCAGAGCAACAUGGCUGGGACACCUGAGGCUGUGGAUGACUUCAUCUCCGAUGUUCACGCAAAGAUCUCACAGACCGCCGAAACGAGCACUGCCCAUUUCAAAGAGCUCAAGAGAAAAGACGUUGGCAAAGCCGAUCAUUUAUGGCCAUGGGACAUCACAUACUACUAUCGCAAGUCGAACCAAGAAGAGUAUGACCUUGACAACGACAAGAUCAAAGAGUGGUUCCCUGCCAUUCACACUCUGCAAGUUGUAUUGGACCUGUACUCCACGCUAUUCGGUCUUGAUUUUGUCAAGAUUGAAGGCAAAGACCGCGACCAGCUCGCGAAGAGUGGCAACGGAAGUGAUCUCGUCUGGCAUCCAGAUGUGGAGCUUUAUGGUGUCUGGGACAAGACAGAUGGGCAAGGCUUCAUCGGUUAUCUUUAUCUUGACGUCUAUUACCGAGAGGGCAAGCAGGGUGGUGCUUUCAUGCGGUCAAUCACUCCUGGCUUCACCAAAGAAGAUGGAACAAGGUACUAUCCAUCGUGCGUGCUGGCCACCAAUUUUGAGAAGACCAAAUCAGACGCACCAUCACUGCUCUUCCGUAGCGAUGUCCAGAUGCUUCUCCAUGAAGCAGGCCACGGAAUGCACCACUUGACAUCGAUGACAAACUUCUCUAGAUUACAUGGCCCUGCCGGCUGCCCGCUCGAUUUCGUGGAAGUACCUAGUGAAAUGAUGGAGAAUUUCGCCUCCUCGCCUCCAGUGCUGAAAAGAUUGAGCAAGCACUGGUCGUAUCUGUCGCCUGAAUUGGAUCAAGCCUGGAAGAAAUCUCAUAAAGACAAGCCACCUGAGCAGCUUCCUGAUGAGACCAUUGACAAUCUUCUGAGAAACAAGGAUGCGUACAGCGCCUAUAACGCCAUGUACCAGGUGUCUUACGCUUCGUGGGACAUGAAGCUACAUGAGGCAAAGUCGCCGAAGGAAGCCAAAGAUAUUGACACGACCGCGGAGUGGAAUCGCAUUUACACGGACUACGUGAAGGGCAUCGACACUCCUAGCCCGAAAUGGGGCCAUCUACAGAGCACAUUCACCUAUCCAAUGUCCGGAUACGACGCCGGAUACUAUGCGUACAUGUGGUCCAAGUCCUACGCAGCAGACGUCUUCUACACUGCUUUCAAGAAUAAUCCCAUCAGCAGCGAGACGGGAAUUCGAUGGAGGCGUACAGCGCUUCAGCCCGGGGGAGCAAAGGAUUAUGACUCAAUGCUAACAGAGUUCCUUGGUCGUGAAAGCAAUCGGAAUGCGUUCUUCGACGAUCUGGGGGUCAAAGUGUGA